UGUUUGUUAGCAAUAGCUACUAGCUAGCUGACGACUACCCUCUCGCAUGCCAUAUCGUGAACUUCUGUAGCCAGCUGUUUGGGGCAUGCAGUUAAUAAGCUUAGCCAGUUACACAAAGUUAUCUUCAUAGUGAUUGCUCUUGUGCUAAUUCACUUGCGUAUGUUCAAGUUAACAAUUUGUAUUGCUUUAGGUCCGGCAAUGAAAUAAACUAAGCACCAGCAAUCAAGUCAUAACAUCAGCAUGGAAGAACUGGGGAAGGAUUCCACCUGGUUUGCUGACCCAAUGUAUGGCCGGUAUUGGCAGCACUAUCAGCAGGCUAUGCGGUGGCACCAGAGGCACAGGCAUGCCUACACGAAGGCUCUGGAGGCUGCUUUUAGCCCAGGCUACAACUACCAGUACCCCAAGACCCCCGAGCGCUAUGCUGACUGGCAGAAUGAAGGGAGUGGGUGUAAGGCCGAUGAGGGGCUCACUGCUAAGGGACUGAGGGAGGAGGUAGGCCAUGAUUCUGAGAGCGAGACGGACGGCUAUGGCUCGGACACUGAUGGUUCGGACAGCGAGAUUGAGUGCGAUGUCAGCAACAUGGAGAUCACUGAGGAGCUGCGCCAGUAUUUUGCUCAGACAGAGCGGCACAAGGAAGAGCUUAAGAAGCAGCAGCAGCUGGAGGCUGAGCAGGCGGAGAGCUAUGUGAUGGCCGACCAGGACAUGCACAGGGUGUCCUGGCGCAGCGCGCUGCCUCCCUUGGAGCGGCCAGGCGAGCGCCGCGGGGCCGAGAUGAAGAAGCUGUACGGGACAACCGCCGCCAAGAUCCAGGGGAUGGAGACGGCCAUGCAGCUCACCUUCGACAGGAACUGUGACAGGAAACAGCCCAAGUACUGGCCCGUCAUCCCCCUGAAACUGUAACUCAAAAGUGGAUCUCCCCCGAGGCCUGCUGGGGGAAGUACUUGUCUGGUGUUCUCGUUGACUUGGUGCACUGCUUUGAACUGCUGGUGCUGACAUCUGGGCAUUGGUUUGGUAUGUUUUUUUAGCGUCUAUUUUACAAAUUACCCACCCUGCCACAUUUGGGAUGUUGACCAAUGUCCAAGGGCGGAGGUAGUUGUUUCUGUGACUCUUUGCCAAGGUUUUUUGAGCCAGUGGUUCCAUAAAUGGAUUAUACAUGCUUAAGUUGCACACUCAACAGGUCAGGACAGGGGGUAACAUAUGCAUACAUGGGUUGGUGUGGAAUGAACAGGGAAUUUUCUAGUUCAUGUAAUCAGAUUCUGCACAGAUCAGGUGUUCCUUGACUAAUUAAUUCUAAGAAUGCUUCAGACGGUUCUCUCCUUCUCUGGCCUGAGCUUUUAUCCCACAGGAAUGAAGCAACUGCUGUUACUUGUGUGGUAGACCUGUUAUAUUUGAUUCAUAGAUUAAAUUAAAAUUCUCAUCCCAAUGUUAUCUGCUUCAUUAUUGAAUGGUUUAAACUAGUCACAACUUUUUUGGUGUCUCCAAUGCCUUGGUUUUUUAAAGAUGUAAUUUUUUUUAAGAAUAUUGUUGAUAUUGUUUCUAAUAAAGUUUUCUGUGAUCAAGUGAA